GCAGCUCACCAACAGGGAGCUCGCUACCAGAGAGCUCAUAUCACCAUUCAGUGAGGUAAAAGACACAUAAACGACGAGUAUCCAGCCGCCGCCAAUAUGCGACACCGUGUGCAAAAGCAUGCCAAAAUGCGACACCUCGCCCAGGAGAAGCCCAAGAAGCGAGGCCGUGUCAAGAAACAGCCGAGGGAUAAGGCGAUCGUCUUCGAGAAGGAGUACGAGAUGCAAAAUCGAGCUCAAGAACGGGACGAUAUGCGAAGCCGUGUCAAGCAAGAGCUAAGGGAUACAGCCAUGGAUCUUGAGGAGAAGUUUGAGAUGCGAGACCCUGCUCAAGGAGCGACUGAGCUGCGAGGCCUUGUCGAGCAAGAGCCAAGGGACACGGCGAAGUCCUCCACCGCACCCAACCCACGAAUCCAACAACUGAGGGAGAUGCGACGGGAGCUUGUGAAGAAGAUCGGUCGAAGCUAUUGGGAGAGGCAAUGUGCGGAGACUGCUGAAGCUCGCGGACAGAUCUCGAGUGUUGAGAGAGAGAGGAUUGUCGAUGCCGCGAUGGAAAAGGCCAAGGAAUGGCUGAGCGAGAUCCAUGCUACGAGGGCGGAGUGGAAUGCUCUGAAGGCCGAGAAGAAAGUUAUAGGUUCAAGAAGAAUGCUAUGAGGGCCGAAAAGAUGUAGGCGAGUCAUAGAGGCGAUAUGAUGUAGUUGGGCUUUGAUACCGUCCCUACAGCAUACCGUUGACGAAGAUGGAACAACCUAGUAUGCCUCAUCAUAGAUCCGUCUAGAAACACUUUUCUGCCGCUGCUUGUGGCGCCUCAUACUGGUUUCAGGAUUUGGAGUCAGAGGCAAGGUCAGCAUUUUGACCACCUCCGACAGUGUUAGAGGGGU